AUGAGGAUCUGCGAGGUAGUGCCUGACAUGAUGUGGUCGACUAAGCUCUUGUGUCUUGCGCUGCAAGUAACUUCUUCAUUCUCUCUCCCUGCUGGGAUUCCGACUGAAGAGUAUCCAUCGCCGCAAGGAACUGGCAAAGGAAUUUGGAAAGAUGCAUACGCAAAAGCACAGCAAUUCGUGGAUCGAUUGACGCUCGAGGAGAAAGUCAAUGUUACGCGUGGCUUUGCCGCGGAUAAUGUUUGCGCUGGCAAUACGGGUACGAUUCCGCGCCUUGGAUGGCCGGGUUUGUGUCUCCAUGAUGCAGGUAAUGGAGUGAGAGCAACGGAUUUUGUGAAUUCGUAUCCUUCUGCUUUGCAUGUUGGGGCGAGUUGGGAUAAGAACUUGACGUAUCAGCGUGGAUAUUAUAUGGGGAAGGAAUUCAAGGCCAAGGGAGUCAAUGUCCUUCUUGGUCCAAAUGUUGGGCCUUUGGGAAGAACACCACUUGGCGGACGAAACUGGGAGGGUUUCUCGGUUGACCCGUAUCUGACGGGCCAACUCAGCGCAGAGUCCAUCAUCGGGCAUCAAGACGCCGGAGUCAUCGCCAACGUCAAACACUUCAUCGCCAACGAACAAGAAACCUACCGUCGUCCUUACUUUGGCAUCGAAGCCGUAUCAUCUAACGUCAACGACAAGACUCUUCACGAGUAUUAUCUCUGGCCCUUUGUAGACUCGGUAAGAGCAGGCGUCGCGUCGGUGAUGUGUUCAUAUAACCGCGUCAACGGAACUUAUGCCUGCGAGAACAGCAAGCUCAUGAACGGGCUUCUCAAGACCGAGCUUGAGUUUGAGGGGUUUGUGUUGCUGGAUUGGAACGCGCAGCACAAUCUUGAGAGUGCGAAUUCUGGUCUUGAUAUGGUCAUGCCAAUGGGUGGAUUUUGGGGAGAGAACUUGACGAUGGCUGUUGAGAAUGGGACUGUCAAGGAGGACAGGGUUACUGAUAUGGCUACGAGAAUCCUGGCUGCAUGGUACCUAGUCGGCCAAGAUGUCGACUUUCCAACCCCCGGCAUAGGAAUGAAGAACCUCUCCCUUCCCCACGAACAAGUCGAAGCUCGCAUCCCUGAAUCACGACCAACUUUGCUCGAGGGUGCCAUCGCAGGCCAUGUACUCGUCAAGAACGAAAACAACACUCUUCCCUUUGCUGAAAAGCCCAAGAUGAUCUCUGUCUUUGGGUAUGAUGCCACUGUCGCCAAGACGAAGAAUACCGACAAUCUUUUCCAGUUGGGAUAUACUUCCUCGCCAGAGAUGGGACAGGCUAUUCUUGGGACUGAAGAGCACUUUGACCAAGCUGCCAAGGGAGGGAAUAUUGUAUCGGGUGGUAGGGCAGCUGCCAAUUCACCGCCUUAUAUCAGCGAUCCCCUCAGUACGAUCCAGCAAAGAGCCGCGAAGGAUGGAAGCUGGGUGAACUGGGACCUUUCAUCCUCCAACCCCGAUGUGAACGGCGCAACAGAUGUCUGUCUCGUCUUUAUCAACGCCAUGGCAACAGAAGGUUGGGACCGCGAUGGUCUUCACGAUGAUUUUAGCGAUGCUCUGAUCCUCAACGUUGCAUCAAAAUGCGCCAACACGAUUGUCAUAAUCCACGCAGCUGGGGUUCGUCUCGUUGAUCAGUGGAUUGAACAUCCGAACGUCACAGCAACAAUCAUCGCUCAUCUCCCCGGCCAAGACAGCGGUAAAGCGCUCGUGAAGCUUCUUUACGGUGAGGCUGAUUUCUCGGGCAAGCUGCCGUAUACGUUGGCCAAGAACGAGAGUGAUUAUACUCCUUACAAGCCCUGUGGAUUGGAGGAAGGCAGCAAGGAUCCGCAGUGCGACUUUACUGAAGGCGUGUAUUUGGACUACCGCUCUUUCGACGAUCGGGAUGUCACCCCAAGGUUUGAAUUUGGGUAUGGCCUUAGCUACACCGAGUUCGAGUACUCUGACUUGGUAGUCAAGGUUGCUGAGACAAGUGCUUCGGCUACUGCUACCGAUCUCUGGAGUACGUUUGCUACCGCUCAAGCCACCGUCUCAAACGUUGGAAAGCGAGAUGGCGAGGAAGUUGCUCAACUGUACGUCGCUAUUCCGAAUAGUCCUCCUAAGCAACUCCGAGGUUUCGAAAAGGUAAAGAUCAGAAAGGGCGAAUCUGCUGAGAUUCUAUUUGAGCUCACGAGACGUGACUUGAGCGUCUGGGACGUCGUCAAGCAAGAGUGGACUCUUCAAUCAGGCAACUACACCAUCUUCGUCGGCUCCAGCAGCCGCGCCCUCCCCUUAAAAGAAUCAUUCAGUAUAGAAGUUUAG